UUUAUCUGUUGACACUGCUGGAGGGAAGACGUGUGUCUCUGUAUUCAUAAUUCUGCAUUUGCUUCAUACUCAUAGCAAUCAAAACCACCUGCCUACUGCAUCACGUGUACUACUACAUACAGAACAACACAAAAUAUGACUUCUAAUUAGUAUGCAUGAGAUUACAUGAGGUAGUGGUUCCUUUGUGUUGGAAAGGAGAUGCAUGUAGUCCAGUGAUGGAGGCAUUGAGCCUUGGAUAAUAGUUCAUCUUCACUAGAAUUACAGCUUUCUGAAGCAGGAUUUGUUUUUAGAGUUGACAUGGAGCUAUCUGUUAUAGAAGAUUUGUUGGAUUCAAGACGAGCCAUCAUCCAUGUUUGUUCUUUCAUGCCCUCCCAUCAGCUGUCAAUGGAUGACCAGCUUGUUGUUAUUAUGUUGCUUUGAUGUGAUACAAAGCCAUUGACUGAUUGAUGCUGCGUUUGUAUGUACAUAAUUAACAUGGACUCUUCCCUAACUACAUUGGUCAAGUUUAACAGAAUAUUGGAGGAAGAAUUAACUUUCUGAAUGACCUCUACUCUGUUCUUGGAUUUCUUAUUCUUGGAAUAUAUGUACAUGUAUCACCAUCAUUUUAUAUUUUCUUCAAAUUCAUAACCUAGAAGAGAGAAUAUCUUACCGGUAUUGAUUUAUCAAUAGAUACCUAAUCCUUCAUGUAACUUAACUCAAUCAUCACUCUGGCUCCGUAAUCCCCAGCAUCAACACACCAUUUGCAUGUUGGGUACUAUCAAGCCCUCCAGAGGUUGGAAUUUGGAAGCGACAAUUAGUGUUUCUGCCUUCCUUUCUUGGUCGGAAAGUAAACUUCCUCACGUAAAAUAAUAGAAGCUGAAGAAAACAAAGAUUCUAGUCAAAGUGAUGACCUGGCAUUGACCUUACCCCUGACCGAUAAGACCUCAGAAAAUCUGGAUGCGUAAUCAUGCUCUCCUCUCCGAUUACCCCAAAACGUCGGACUUUGGUUCCGCUUGGAAAUAAAUUGGAAGAGGAACUGUCAGCCCACCAAGUGUUGGUGAAGUCUGUUGCUAGACGAGGAGCCAAGCGUAGGUCUCCAUCAGACAACAAUGAGGAGAGUAAAGGGAUCCCCCUGGACCUAGAGACAGACCAUGAACUGGCAGAACACAGGUCUAAGUGGGAAGAGAUCUCCAGGCAGGUCGCAGAGAAGAAUAGACAAUUGAAUGCAUCGCUGGAAUACAUUAGACCACAGGAUACCCCGUUUGUCCACCACCUGCCGGCCAGGAGGAACCUUCAACUAGAUGUUUUGAAUCACGAUGGAAAACAGGAGGAGGACCUGAAGACAUCCCUUGAUGCUCUUAAUCAAUGCUGGGCUAAGAUGGAGACUCAGGUAUCAGAUCAGCAGUCAAGAUUAGAGCAAGCGUAUGAGUUCCAGACUUGUUACCAGGACGCUUUACAAGCUGUAUCAGGAUGGCUAGAUGGUGUCCAACUCAAACUCUUCUCGGAAGACUGGAGUAAAGAUACAGAGACUCAACUCAAGGAACAUGCUGCACUCCAAGAAGAACUGAAGGCAUUCCAGGACCAAUUAGUGCACAUGAAUGAGGCGUGUCACCUAGUACAAGCUGAAACUGGAGCUAGGAGUAAGCAAUUGAUGCAACAAUCCCUAGACGAUGUCAACCAGAGACUCACUACCCUAGAGACUGAGGCUAGGCAAAGAGAACAACAGCUUGUGGAGAAGAACAGACAAUUCCAAGGCUUCCAGAGAGAUUUGCAGAGCUUCCAGCUAUGGCUGACUGGUGCUAAGGAACAGCUGAACAUUCCACCAAUCAAUGUCAGUGGGGCAUCGAUAGAAGACAAUAUAAAUAUUAACAAGGAGGAAAGACUGAAGUUUCAGGUCUUAGAAAGUGAGGCUAGUAGGCGUGAGAUGAAAUACAAGGACCUAGUCCAGAAAGGAGAAGAUCUUCUAGCCUUAGAUCCUCAUCUCCCUGCUAUAGCACAUGAUAUCGCGACCUUGCAGAUCAACUGGGAGGAGCUUCAGAGGUUGCUAGGCAACAGACGCAAUCAACUCAACACUGCCAAGAUAUUACAGGAACAAUACCACAAGAUCCUGAAAGAUUACAUGGAGUUCCUUGAGACAGCAGAGAAGAAGCUACAGAACAAAACCUUAUCAGCCACAGAUGUAGAUGAUCUCCAUCAUCAACUCCAGAAGCACAAGGAGUUCUUCAGUGACCUGGACACCCAUCACAUCCUCAUAGAAUCCAUUGCCCAGAAAGCUGACCCAUUCACUCAGCAACUCUUUCAUGCCCAACGGUCAGAGCUUGAUCGUCGUAGCCAAGCCAUCAUGGCUCAGGCUACAGAGCGAGGCCAGACCUUAGAGGCAUUGGUCAGUGAUUGGCGUGACCUACAGGCCAGUCUAAGGGAGCUGAGUAGCUGGCUGGGUCAUGUCGAGGCUCAGGUACCUAGUGGAAUCAAUGAUGCUACGCAGGAUAACGUACAGAAAGCCAUUCAUAAAUAUCAGGCAAUGGAGGGACUGCUUGAGGGGAGACAAUCAUCACUACGUCAGGUAGACUCCGGCGCCCAGGCUCUACUUCGAAACCUCACAUCACCACAACUAGAGAAGCAACUGGCUUUACUCCGUGACCAGUGGUCAUCAGUCAACCAGCGGGUCAGGCAUGACCUAUCCUCUUGGACCGCUCUUUUAAAGGAAUGGAGAAUGUUUGAGCAGGAGUCCAUAGAGCUCAUACCAUGGCUGAGACAUGUUACCGAUCACAUGGCUUCUUUGAAGGAUAAGGAUCACACUCAAAAACCCAUCUCGGAGCAACUGGAAGAAUUCUCUAAACUGCAAAAAGACAUAGAAAUUCACACACCACAGAAGGUAUCAACAUGUACCCAUGGCAACCAUUUGUUGAAGUUGAAGCAGCUGAACACCUCUCCUAUCAGGGAGAAGCUAUCAAGCAUCGAGUCUCAUUGGACAGACAUUCAAAAUGAACUACCUCAGCUCCAAGAAGACUUACACCAAUCUCAGAUGGAGCUGCUUCCCUCAAGACAAGCAUUGAAUGAAUUAAUGCUAUGGAUGGAUAGCCUGGAGUCAGCUUUAGAUUCAUACAACCAUAAAGUAUAUAUAAGCAGUGGUGAUGUGAAAGAUACCCUACAAGUAUAUAAGGGUUAUAAGGUAGACUUGUCAUGUCAUCUGCUAACGGUGGAGUUUGUCAACCAGUCCAUUCUUCAAAUGAGCCAAGACAUUGAGAGUCGGAGAGGAGACAAGACAGACUUUGCUGAAAAACUUGGUACUAUGAAUCAGAGGUGGCAGGCGUUAAAUGGGAGAGUUGGAGAAGAGACAAAAGUUCUGGAACUCCUCCUUCAGCGCUGGAAGUCCUUCAGUAAACAGGUCUCUGAUACCAAUAAUACUCUGAAGGAACAGGAGGAUAAGGUCAAACUGUUUGAUGGGCCCAUUGGUCGAGAGGCUAGCGUCAAAGAGGCACUUCGUAUCUGUCAGGCAAUUGAGGAGCACAUCAAGAGCAAAUCCAGUGACCUUCAUCAACUCAAGGCCACUGCCCAUUCACUUACCUCAGACCAGGAGUCCAUCAAGCAAACUCUCCAGCCAUUGGUCAAUCGCCAGUCUGCCCUUCAACGUCUGGUCAAGCACCUGAAGGCUGACCAGGUUACUGCCCUAGAGCAAUGGUCACUCUACCAAGAAACACUGACCGUUGUCCAGCAAGCGCUUUGCAAGGCAGAAUAUGCCCUCAGCAGGGGGAAUGUCAUCAUGGGCACAGUGGAAUCACUGCAGGUCCAGACUACUAAACUAAGGGAAUUAUUACCAUUGAAGGAAGUACAAGCUGAGUUGAAAUCCAGCAUCAGUCAGCUCAACACUCUAUGUAAGCUAGGUGACCGGUUACAGAAGACAUGCAUUCCAGAAAUCAGUGAGGACCUCGACAAAACAGUCCAGAACCUUUCAUCCAGGUGGAGCAAAGCAGAAGAUGAGCUCAGGUCCAACAUCAAUUUAUUUGAGAAGGCUAUGUUGCUAUGGCAACAGUUUGAAGACAAACAUAGUGAGAACGAGCAGUUCCUUGAAGACAAGGAGACAUUGAGCAAGUUGUGUAUACAAGGAGCCAGAGAAGAUGAGAAGGUAUUGGUUGGUAUGGAGAAAGUAGAAGGAGCAACAGAGGAAGAGAUGGAGCAAGAAAGGAUUAAUAGAUGUAAAAAAUGUCAGGAGAUCCUUGUUGAUGUUGAUGCUUACCCUGUAGCAGCUGGCCUAGGAUCUCUAGUCAGUCAACUCAUCAGAUAUAUGGACUCAAGUACAUCUAGUAACAUCACUUCAAGAACCAAAGUACUACAACAGCGUCUAGACACCUUACAGCAGUCACUACAAAGACAUAUCAAGGCAGAGGAAAUAGACAUUCAAAAUCAGAAACAGUUCCGAGAGAAGACCAAGUCAUUGCUUGAUUGGCUAGAAGAAGUAAAGGACACCCUUAACAUAGAAGAACCUAAUAGAUCAUCAGACGAACAUACAAUCAAGGACAGGAUGGACAGACUCAAGUUGCUACUUGUUGACUUCACUGAGAACCAACCCCAUGUAAAUGCCCUGAAUGAGAUAGGUUAUCGUAUCAGCCUUGACAGGCACAACUCAGGUCAUCUGGCAACACUCAAUGACUGGUGGAACAAACUAUAUACCAGACUCUCAGAGAAAUACCGCAAUCUUCAAGGAGUGCUCCUUCAGCAGCAAAACUUUGCCCAGAAAUGUAAAUCUUGGAUGAAGUUCCUUGCAGACACAGAGCAAAGUCUUGCUGUUGACAUUGCUGGCAGCUAUGAUGAGUUGCUGGAUCAACAGAAAGUCUAUGAGUUGUUUGAGGCCGACAUCUUCAACCGUCAGCAGAUCCUGUUCUCCAUCAUCAGCGAUGGUCAACGGAUGAUUCAUGAUGGGGAGGUAGAUGACCCAGACGAGUUCCAUACUAAACUAGCCCAGCUGAGUGACCAAUGGCAAAGCGUGAUCCGUAGGGCUAGUCAGAGGAAAGAGAUCAUUGACCGCAACAUCAGGGAUUGGCAGUCCUACAGGACAUCGUUAGCCAAGAUGAAUGAAUGGUUCAGAGACAUGGAAGCUGAAGUGACAGGUUAUCGUAUCACUACAGCCCCUCUCCAGGCACUCAGAGGACUCCAUGAACAGACAAAGAUGACUCAGAAGCUAGUGAGUGUCCAAGAAGGUAGCUACCUCUCUCUCAAUGAAGCUGGUAAAUCCCUUCUACGAAACUCUGACCGGAUGGCUGGUGAUGAUCUCCGCAACCAGCUAAUGGAGAUUCAGAACCGAUGGCACUGGUUGACCAGUCGACUCAGGAAACAGGACAACAAGCUAACAGAGAUCCUAGGUAGAUGGGAGGAGGGAGAAAGUAUCAUCGAUGAUCUUCAGGCUUGGCUUAGAGGUGCACAUAGCAUGUUGGAUAAACCGCUACCAACGCAGUAUGAAGAACUACAGAGGGAACUCCAGAGGUGCAAGGAGACUGAGAAUGGUUUCGGCAACACUAAAGGUAAAUUGGAGAUCCUGUACCAGAGAGAGAGUCAGCUGUGCCCAUCAGUGAGUCCAGAUGAUAUGUCUGUCCUCCAUGAACGCAUCAUACUUCUCACCAAACAACUCGAUGAGGUUCACCAUCAGGUCUGUCAGCGUAAGCAACGAAUCACAGACAAGCUUAAUGAAUGGAUAGCUUUCACUGAGAGAUAUAAGGAGUUCUCUGAUUGGCUGACUGAGAUGGAAAUGAAGGUAUCGCAGAAUGGAGAGAACAGCAUUGAAGAUCUGCUGCAGAGACUUCAAGGGGAAUAUCAGGAUGAGAUCCAACAAGCUUACCCAAACAAGAAGCAUCUAGAAGGAGUAGGAGCCCGACUAAUCCCAGCUAGCAAUGAGGCUCGCGCCAGUGAUAUUGAGUACAAGUUGGCCAAACUGAAUGACCGGUGGAUGAGACUCAUGGAGCUGGUAGAGGCAAGAGUGAAGAAGUUGAAAGACACCCUGACUGCUGUUCAGCAGCUAGAGCAGGACAUGAGUAACCUCAGGGAAUGGCUAAGUAGAGUGGAAAGGGAACUCAACACUCCUCUCACAUAUGAGACAUGUCAUAUGCUGGAGAUAGAAACCAAACAGAAAUUUCAUGAGGAACUUCAUAAAGAUAUAACCCGACACAGCAGUGGGGUAGCAUCAGUACUAAACCUCUGUGAAGUGCUUCUUCAUGAUCAAGAUGCCUGCUCAACAGAUGCAGACUGUGAAGCAAUUAGAACAGCCACUCAGACAUUAGAUCAAAGAUGGCAUAACAUCUGUACUCUAUCUGCUGAAAGAAAGAUGAGGAUCGAGGAGACAUGGCGUCUAUGGCAGAAGUUCAAAGAGGAUUAUGAGAGAUUUGCUGACUGGUUAGAAAAGAGUGAGCAAGCCAUUGCUGCUCCCAACACAUCCUGUACACCAUACAUUAUCAUCAAAGAAGAAAUCAAGAAAUAUGAAGCAUUCCAGCGUAAGGUUCAUGAGAACCUAGCCCAGCUAGAGAUGUUGAACAAGCAAUAUCGCCGUCUGGCAAGAGAGGGCAGAACAGAUGGUGCUAAUCAACUCAGGGGUCUUGUCCACACUGCCAAUGAUAGAUGGGAUGCAUUAGCCCGAAGAUGUUGCAGCGUUCUACGUCGUCUACGCUCUCAACAAGGUUUGAGGGACGAGUUUGAAGGGACAAGAGAGAGUAUGGUGGUGUGGCUGACAGAGAUGGACCUUCAAUUAACCAAUAUAGAACACUUUUCACAGUCAGAUAUCUCUACCAAGACCAAACAAAUGAAGGCAUUCCAACAUGAGAUAGAGCUGAACCAAUCUAGGUUAGAUGAGAUCGAUGGGUAUGCUCGUAACCUGAUGCAACGUUGUGAUGCCAAUGAUGCUGCUCAGAUACAGGAAGAAAUGGAUGAUCUCAGAGGCUAUGCUGAUGAGGUCUUUGCAAGGGUCAGCAAAUUCCAGAGAAAGCUUGAGAGGAUUACAGCUACUGAGGGAGAUUCUUCUGCCAUACCCUUUGAUUAUUUCAUGGUUGGUAAUACCAAGUUCUCAAGUACUGACUCAUCAGAUGAAGAAGACAAUGAAGGUGAGCCUAUGAGUGAGAGCGACAAUGAUGAAAUCCUUCCAACCCAUCUAUCACCAAGCAGAGUACACCGAAGACCCUACGAUGCAAGAGCCAGGUCUAGGGGCAGCUCCGCAACCCGUUCAGCAUCACCAGGACCGAGUGAAUAUGUCUCAGGCAGGAUUACUCCAGCUAGUGGUGUAUCAUCUCUAGACUGGGAUGAGUACAUGACAACCAAUGCUGAUGGAGAACCAGAUGUCAGGUGGGGUAAGAACAAACAUCGUGGUGGAGAGCCUAUCGAUGUGUUGUAUGCUCAACAGCUGAUUGAUAGCUGUACAUCUCAGCUGGAGGAAGCAGAGAAUAUGGUCACCUGUAAGACACCUAUUGGACCUGAUGUUGACAAAAUCAAAACAGCCUUUGAAACAGUAGCUGAGAAUUGUAAGAGCUGUAUAGCAGCUGUAAAGAAAAUGGCUCCUCAACUCAAUGAUCAUCCUGUAUUAGCACGUCAAGUCUCAGGUCUCGUAGGUCGAUGGGAGGUUUUACAAGGAGAACUCAUGGAAAAAGGAGCAAUCUUAAGACAUAACUACCAGACAUGGCAACAAUAUGAUAACGAUCUGAACAAUCUGACUAUGUGGUUAGACCAGGCAGAAACUACACUCUCUUCACAAGAUAAUAGUGGUGAUAUAGGAGAUCUUGAAGGCAUCAUUAGAAUGUACACGGACUUCAUGUUAGGUCUGAGUGCAAGGCGUACCAUUGCAUAUUCUGUCAAUCUGUGUAGCCAGCAGUUUGUGGAUCCAGAUACUCCGCAGGGUCAAGAGCUCAGCUACCGACUUCAGGUCAUGAACAGACGGUGGGAAGGUGUCUGUGCUAAGGCUGCAGACUGGCAGAAGAAACUACAGAUGGCUAUUGUGCAAUGUGAAGAGUUUCAUCAGACAACAAAGGACCUUGAAUCUAGACUCAAUGAGAUUGAGACAAUUAUGACAGAGAAUGAACCCAUCGAUUUCAAUGCUGAUCCUGAGAUACUGAAUAAUCAAUACAGAAUAUUUGCUUCAUUUAGACAAGAGCUUGAGGAGAUGAUACCUCGUAUGAGUUCCUUGAAGGAUACGGCAGACCAGCUCUUGAUUGAUGUGGACUCACCAGACUGUCGGGCUACCAGGGAAACCCUUCACCUUAUUGCUAAGAAGAGUUCUUCUCUGCUUCAGAAAUGUAAUGAUAACCUGGAGCUCCUGGAGACUAAAGUGGAUCCCAGUCAGUUCCAACUGGACAGGGGUGUUUAUGAGAGUCCUAUUCAACCAAGAUCUGUAAUGCUGUUAGGAGCCAUGGGAGAAGUAUCUAGUGACUUUACAAGCCCCAUACCAGGACGUAGCAGCACACCUAUCUAUUCCAUCAGACAUUAUGCUGAUGCUACUACCAACACACUGGCUGGACGUCAAGCAGCAGCUGCAGCAGCUGUAGCAGCUGCAGCAGAAAGAUCACCAGAUACUGCUGGAGCUCCAGUUUUAACAGGCCAAGGGGGUAGAGCAUUCUUAUCAAGAGCAGUACGAGCUGCUCUUCCGCUCCAUCUCUUAAUGCUUCUACUACUGGGUGUAGCAUGUUUUAUUCCAAUGACUGAGGAAGAUUACAGUUGUACCCUGACAAAUAACUUUGCUCGCUCAUUACAUCCCAUGCUACGCUAUACCAACGGUCCACCGCCUAUUUGAUGGCCUGCUAAAGGGAACAUCCAGUGGCCUCUGUCUGUCCAGGGAUGCUGUCUUUGGGUUAUGCCUCCUGCCCACCAUGCCCAUCUAAAGCCCACUGGUCAACUUCCAUCUAAUGCUUUUCUUGACGGCUCCUUGGAUAUCAACACUGCCCAUUUAAAGUUCCUUGAAUUUUUAUGCCCAUUUAGUGAUGUUUCCCCAUGUUGAAAAACAAAAUCAGAUGAGAACAUUGUAGAGACAGUUGCCACAUACAUGUACGCUGUAUGUUAAACCCUGGUAAUAUCACUGCCUCCAUACAGUAUAUUGUAAUCAGAAUUUUAAGUAGCCACUGGCUUUUACUUUUUGGGAGAGUGUGUAAAUUAUCAAUGAAUACUUUAGAAUAAAAUGUAUUAUACUUACAGAGCUCUGUGUUUUAUUUAUCACUCACAUUGUCUGCUUAGAACCAGAUGAUAGAGCGGCAGUGCCAUUCUGGCUCUUAGCUCUUAUUAUCAGUGAAACUUUUACCAUAGAAAACAAAUGUUGUUAUUGUUUGAGAUGCAGUGCUUUGAAUAGCUUGCUUAUCUAGUGCCUCCCUGUCAUGAGUGACUCAAACCUGAUAACAAGUACUCAGCAUGCCAUGUAUUAUUACCUACAUUACUUUACUACUUUACUUUACUUUACUUUACUUUAUGGAGAGAAGAAAGAAUGCCUGUACAUAGCUAAGUUGGAGAAGUUUACAACAUGUUACAUGCAUGUGAUGUGUAUAUCACGCUUCUAUGUGAACAAGUGGCCUAUUGUAGAAAUAUGAACGCAGCUGAUUAAUGUGUAAGGGUCUCUCCCUGUGGAUCUGAUCGUUCCAAAAUUAAUGGAUUCUGCUGGAAGUUUAGAAAGAUUUGUGUAUUGCAUUGAUGGAAUAGAACAGCUGAAACACUAUUUUAAUGAUACAUGUAUUAUGUUUUCUAUUCGUUUAAGGGUAUAGUGAUAUAGGUUUAUUUAUGUGACAUGGUUUGAUAAUAAUAAUAAUACAGUUUUUUAUAUAGCGCUCAAUACACCGAUCCAACGAUGUACCUAAUCAUGUUGUGCUUUCUUCCAUCCUACCAUCUAGGAUUUAUUCAUGAAAUGUUAUCAUGCACUUCUAGUUAUUUGUAUUCAUUAACAUCUAAAUAAAGCAUGCCUACACAAAUAGAAGAUUAUUGAUCAGAAAGUCGGAUGCCAAUCAAAUGACUUUAAUGUUUAGCAAUAAUUGUUUUGGAAAGAUAAUUAAAGUGGUUUGAAAGUAUUCAAAACCAUGAAUAAAUCAUGUUAUUGCAAUGAUUGAAUAUGAUGUACACAGUGUUAAAUAAAAAAAACUCAAAUGUUUAACAUAAACAUCCAGAUUUUUGAUGUUAAAAUGAGGAUUACAUGUUUAUGGAUCGGUUUUUAUUCUCACAUCCCCCAAAACAAACAGAAUCUGUUGAAAAUGCUUACAAAGAAGUAUCCCCCAAAGAACUGACUGCUUGUAGAUAUAUUUUAUAAAUAGUGUCGAAAGUUUGCUGUGCACAAAAUUUUAGAAAUAGGUAAUAUGUAUCUUGUGUAAUAUUUCUGCAAUAUAGAAUAAUUUAUUUUCAUUAUUCUGUAGAUACAGUUGUAAGUAUGAAUUUGUAAAUGUGCAUUACCGGUAUGUAGACUUAUCUGAAGAAUGCAGUGUUUGGAAAUCCUGACGUGAAAUGUAAAAUGUUUCAUUCUUUCAUCUCUUGCAUCAUUGAUGUUAAUUAUUUUAAUUAUUUACCAGAGUUUUGAUGACUGAAAUAAUGUGUUAAUUACUAACGUCUUUGGUAAAUACUUGUAGAAAUAUUUAUUAUCUCUCAUGAUAUAUUUUAGCUUAUUAAUAGCAAUACGGCUUUACUUUUGGUAUGUACUGAGAAUGCAAGUUCAAUAGAAUUCAGCAGUUUUUAGAUACAUUUGUAUUCAAUGUAGUCAUGAAUUUUUAUAUUGAGUUUUUGCCAAAAUUGUUAAAUUAUUUAAAAUCAUUAGGUAAAUUUUACAGAAACAUUCAGAAUAGAGAAAAUCAUGAAGUUCAAUAAGAAUAAAGAAAUUAUACUAAUUGUAUAGUGCUCAUGUCUGUCAUUCUCGACACUUCUGAGGUCAAGUAUGUUCUAAUUUAUUUGUCACGUCCAUGUUUUUGUAUUCAUUCCAUUCAUAUGUUAUCAAAUUGUGCUGUGACACUUGUACUUUCUAUUUUAUGAAUGAGAUGUUUAAAGUCUUUAUCAGGGAGUUGCAGUCAAGUAGUUAAUCAGAGUUAAAGGAAUAUAAUGCUGCAUGAAUCAUGAUUUUUAUACAUUAUUUGAAGUCAUUACAUUUACAUCAUUCUUUUAACAUUGAUUUCUGGGCUUCAAACAAGGAGUUUGGCGACGCCGUCCGAAUCAUACUGCUCCCAGUCAGCUAUCAAGGAUUGUUACACAUAAUUCUCUAUUAAAAUGAUCGUGCUUGGUUUGAAAGCAGCUCAUAAGUGUAUUGAUUAUGUUUUGUAGGGGUUUUGUAGUUGUAUGAUAAUGUUUUGUGUUGUUAGAGAUACAUAAUAACAAUGUGGGGAUACUGGAUAGUAUACGGUGGAUCAACCACUGCUACUCUGGGCAGUCUUGGUUGCCUGUUCAUGACUUCUAGCGCAUUAUUAGGCUUGAUACUUUUUAGAAUGAUGUAUUAAUAAACAAAUUGUUUUUCAGAACAAUUUAUUCCGGUUAUAAUCAGAA